UUUCGUGCAUCCGUGGCAGUGAGAGAGAAGGCACGGCCGCAUUGGAUUCUUGUUUGACCGAAGAAGCUCCAACGCCACGUAAUGAAGUAAAAAAUGGUCAGUGAGGCUAAGGCCAGCUUCUAUUCUAUGCUCUCUCUCUCUCGGAAGAACCUGCAACACCCUCUGCUUUACUCGUCCGUUACAUUCUUUCAACAAAACAAUUUCAUUUCUUUAUUUAUUUUUUAAUAAUUAUUCUGUUUACAGGCCUCACUGUCACUGACCCUUCUUUAAUGGCGCUGUAGGGUUCUCUCAUCUUCUCCCCCUCUUUCUUUCUACCGUCCCUUCCGCCGGGAAUCCUUGCCUGAAAUUCUCGAUUCAUAUAUUGUUAUUCUUUCUUUCUGGGUUUCUCUAAUCUGUAAUCUCUGUUGUUUCAGUUCAAUUAAUGUGAGUUGGGUGUUUUGGUAUUUGUUGGAGAUCAAAAGCCUUCACCUUUUUUUUAUCUGUUCCUGUGAGUAUAUAUCUGGUUUUACAUUUUUUGGGUUAGAAAAUACAGACUUCGAAGUUCAAAUAGAGAGAAAAAGAAGAGGAAAGUUGCUCAUUCUUGUCCCCAAACAGCUAGAGUGCAUUGUCUUAACAACCUCAUAAUUUCAUCAUCAUCAUCAUUGUGUUUCAAUUAAGCAUUUGAAGCUUGAUUGAGGCUUUUCUUGGCGUGACCUGCUCUCAAAUUCUCUGUUUUCUGCACUUUAUUUGUCUGUACGUGUAUUGUCUUUAUAUAUGAGCUGAUUUUCCUGGAUUUCCUUUCAUUUCAUGGCGGACUGACAUUUUUAAAAGCCGAUAAAUAGAUUGAAAAAAAUGCUACCCGGCCUACUCUUUUGUCUGCUUUUAGCUCCAGUUCUGGUUUUGCCGGUACGGUCACUUGAUCCGACUCUCAACGACGACGUGCUGGGACUGAUCGUUUUCAAGGCCGGUCUGCAGGACCCAGAAGCGAAGCUGCAGUCAUGGACAGAGGACGAUUACAGUCCAUGCGGUUGGGACGGUGUCACAUGCGACCAGAGUAGCAACCGGGUCACCCAGCUCAGCCUGAAUGGUUUCUCGCUCUCAGGUCAUAUAGGCCGCGGCCUCUUGCGGUUGCAGUUCCUUCAAAUUCUGUCAUUGGCGAGCAACAACUUCUCCGGCACCAUAAUCCCUGAUCUUGCUCACCUGUGGAGCUUGCAGGUUAUUGAUUUGAGUGAAAACAGUCUUUCCGGGUCGAUCCCAGACGAGCUUUUUCGACAAUGUGGGUCGUUGAGAUCGGUUUCGUUUGCGAGGAACAAUCUGACAGGGCAAAUCCCUGUUUCUUUGACCUCAUGCUCUACACUUCAAGCUGUUAACUUCUCAUAUAAUCAGAUUUCUGGGCAGAUAUACUCUGCUUUGUGGUAUAUGAGGGGCAUUGUGUCCAUUGAUCUUUCAAAUAAUUUGCUUGACGGGGAGAUUCCUGAAGGAAUUGGAAGUUUGUACAAUUUGAGAGUGAUAAAUUUGGGGAAGAACAGAUUAUCUGGUCGGAUUCCAUGGGAUAUCGGAGGUUGUUUCGUAUUGGAAUCCCUUGAUUUUAGUGAGAAUUAUUUGUCCGGAGGUCUUCCAGAGUCGAUGCAGAAGCUUAAUUCCUGCACUUCAUUGAUCUUGCGGGGCAAUUCAUUGAUAGGAGAGGUUCCACAUUGGAUUGGAGAAUUAACAACUAUUGAGACCUUGGACUUUUCGGCUAAUAGGUUCUCCGGUUGGAUUCCGGAUUCCUUAGGGAAGCUAACAGCAUUGAAGGAACUGAAUUUGUCUAUGAAUCGCCUGACCGGAGAGUUGCCUGAGUCGAUGAAAAGCUGCUUCAACCUUUUGGUUAUUGAUGUCAGCCAGAAUAAAUUGACUGGUGAUCUUCCUUCCUGGAUUUCUAAAAUGGGAUUGCAGAAUUCAGUUCUUUUUGGUGAAACAGCAAAUACCAUUGGGUUUCUUGGUGACUUGCUGUCCUUAAAUUUGUCCAAAAACCAACUUCUUGGUUCGAUUCCGACAAACAUUGGCAAAUUGAAAUCCGCUAAUGUUCUUGAUUUGAGUGACAAUAGGCUAAAUGGGAACAUUCCUUCUGAAAUUGGAGGUGCUGUUUCGCUCAAGGAGUUGAGGCUGCAGAAGAACUUCCUAAGCGGAAAAAUUCCAACUCAACUCGAAAAUUGCUCGUCUCUUACAACCUUGAUUCUGUCUCAGAACAACCUCACCGGUCCGGUACCUGCAGCGAUUGCAAACCUAAGCAACCUUCAGUUAGUUGAUUUUUCUUUCAACAAUCUAACUGGAAGUUUACCCAAGGAGCUGACAAAUCUUUCACACCUGUUGUUGUUCAACGUCGCCCAUAACCACCUUCAAGGUGAGUUGCCUCUUGGGGGAUACUUCAAUACAAUCUCCCCAUCGUCUGUCUCUGGCAAUCCGUCAUUGUGUGGCUCGGUUGUGAAGCGUGCUUGUCCCUCAGUCCACCCAAAGCCCAUUGUCCUCAACCCUAACUCCUCUGAUUCGUCCAAUGGCAGUUCUUCCUCAUUCAAUCACCGGCGUAGGAAGAUUGUUCUUAGCAUCUCUGUUCUUAUUGCCAUUGGGGCUGCUGCUUUCAUUGCUGUUGGUCUAGUGGUCGUUACUCUUCUCAAUAUCCAUGUUCGGUCAUCAAUGUCACGUUCUGCUGCUGCACUCGCAUUGUCUAAUGGGGACGAUUUCAGUUGUUCCCCCACUAAUGAUCCAAACUAUGGCAAGCUUGUCAUGUUUACUGGCGAUGCUGAGUUUGUUGCUGGAGAUCAUGCACUGCUCAACAAGGACUGUGAACUUGGGGGUGGUGGGUUUGGGAUUGUAUACCGGGCAAUUCUUCGAGAUGGGCGUUCAGUUGCCAUCAAGAAGCUGACAGUGUCCGGUUUGAUCAAGUCUCAAGAAGAUUUUGAGAGGGAAGUGAAACAUCUUGGAAAGAUCAGGCACCACAAUCUUGUAGGACUCGACGGCUAUUAUUGGACUCCAUCCUUGCAACUCCUCAUCUAUGAAUAUAUAUCCAGUGGGAGUUUGUAUAGGCAUCUCCACGACGCAACUGGCAGCAACUGCCUGACUUGGCGCCAGAGGUUCCGCGUAAUUCUCGGGAUGGCAAAAGGUUUGGCACAUUUACAUCAGUUGAACAUAAUUCACUACAAUCUCAAAUCGACCAACGUUCUCUUAGACGAUUCUGGUGAGGCCAAAGUGGGAGACUUUGGCCUGGCGAGGCUGUUGCCAGCAUUGGACCGUUGUAUUUUGAGCAGCAAAAUCCAGAGUGCACUUGGCUACAUGGCUCCUGAGUUUGCUUGUCGAACAGUGAAGAUAACAGAGAAAUGUGACGUGUAUGGGUUCGGGGUCCUGGUUUUGGAGGUGGUUACUGGGAAAAGGCCUGUGGAAUACAUGGAAGAUGACGUAGUGGUGCUUUGUGACAUGGUAAGGAGAGCACUGGAGGAUGGCAGGAUGGAGGAAUGUGUCGAUGAGCGGCUUCAGAGUAAUUUUCCUGCAGAUGAGGCAAUUCCAGUAAUAAAGCUUGGUCUGAUAUGUGCAUCACAAGUUCCAUCAAAUCGGCCUGACAUGGAAGAGGUUGUUAACAUCUUAGAAUUGAUCCAGUCUCCAUCAGAGGGUCGAGAGGAGUUGGAAUAGAUUGAACAUCGAAGUCUUCCUCCCGCGAAGAAGAAUCGGGGUUUUUUUCUCAGUUACAGAUGAAAGAAAUAUAUUGUUGCAUGCCCAUUUCUCAUUUUUCUUUCCUCCCUUUAUUUGUUGUUGUUCUCUGUUUACUCUUUUUUUCCUUAUAUUGUUACAGUUUUCUCUUA